GUCUGUUAACAGCUCCAGCAACUGAAUGGCCCUCCCCAGGCCGUGAAGGUCAGGUGACUGAGGUGAGGUAUACGGGAAGGCUGGUCUGGCGCUCAGGAGACCUGCUUUAAGUUCCUGGCCCUGGCACACUUUCUGUGUGAGCUCAGAAUGGAAGGGUUACUGUAUUCUCUGGGCAAGUGUCCCCUGUGGAGUCCUACCUCCAGAAUGUGCUGUGUACCGACCACUCGAGUGGGAGAGUCACUGUGAGGUCAGAAAAAUGUUGAAUAGCAUCGGGCCAAAAACAUAUCUCUGUGGAACCCCGCUAGAAACAUACCCACUCAAUGGUUUACAGGUCCAUGCCCAAAGUGAGCACAGCCCAACAAAGAAUCAUCCUUACCUCAGUCAUGGUGAUUCUCCUGGGCUUCUUCAUAGUUGCCGGCACUUUGGUGGGAGUUCACCUGACCCAAAAACACACGGAAAAGGUCCUUGACGUGGUCAUCCAGGGAAACAAGGGGGAAGAGGAAGAGCAGACGGCCAUGGUAAAUGAACGGGAGAAUGUGGCCGCUUUCCACAUCAAAAGAAAGAAAUCCACAGCCACUGUUGUGUACAACUAUAACCAAGGUCUAAUAGGUCUCAGAAUCACCAACAGUAAAAGAUGUUUUGUGAUGAAGAUGGAUAAACUCAACAUACCAAGCUUGGAUGAAAUUUCCAGAGAUCUCCCACAUUUUAACGCCAAACAGGUCUCUGGAGACAAAAUGUCUUACAACUUCAGAGGGGCGGAACCGGCUGACCGCACUACACUAGGAACAACUCUGAAUAUUCUCUGCAGCGACAUCCCCAUCUACUGGGCUCUGCCUCGCAAGAUCCAAGGAAACCGCAGCAGUUCUGCUCCUCUUGGCUCCCCAUGGUGUUUCUUUGGCUCUUUGUGUUUGUGCUUUUGAUCUGAAAUAUCAAGUUACUGUGUGAAUUAUGCCUACUCGUCAGGACAGACCGCAGAGUCUUGGAUGAGGCAAG